AUGUCCGAAACCCCGGGUUCUCUCAACAAGGGCUCUGAGAAUGAAAACACCGACAAGCCUACUUACAUUGUUGAAAGCUCUGCGUCCGACAACGGCAAGGACGUCGGUCCUCCUGGAAUUUAUGCUAGUACCAAGGAGCUGCUUGUCAAGUACAAGAAAUGGGUAAUUGGCUUUAUUUGGAUACUCGUUACCGCAUACUUUAUCGUUGGUUUGGCGCUCAAGCUCAAAACACAGUUGUCGGACAUACUGCCAUUCAUAUUCCUGUAUGUAUUCAUAACAGGGCGAAUUGCAUUUUACUUCUUCCCGACAAAGCCACUGACCAGCCGCAUCGAGCAUGUGUGGGAGACAGGCAACAGGCUACUGUUCGGGCGCAUCCCCAGUUGGGCACAGUAUACCCUGGGUGGUGCAGCGCUGCUGGCUCUGGCCCUGUCAGUAUCGUUGGGUCUUGCGGUUCCCGAGGGGGAGAGCCGACUCGCCCGGAUGCAGUCGCUCCUGGGUAUUAUUGUGCUCACGCUUUUUUUAAUUGCGACAUCGAAGCACCGCAAGCACAUCAACUGGCGCACAGUCAUUGUCGGUUACCUGAUGCAGUUCUGCUUGGGGUGCAUUGUCAUGAAGAGUAAGUGGGGAAGCGACUUUUUCACUUGGCUGGCGGGCAUUGCCUCGGGUUUCCUGUCGUUUUCACGCUAUGGAGCCAGCCUUCUGUUUGGCCAGAGCGCCAUAGAUAGCGGUGCGAUUGCAAUCACCAUGUUUCCGGUCAUCAUCUUCUUUGCUUCGUUUGUCCAGGUCAUGGUAUAUCUGGGCGGAGUGCAAUGGGUUCUCCAGCGCAUGGGUUGGUUCUUCUACAAGGCCCUUGGAACAUCCAACGCAGAAUCUAUCGUGGCGUCGGCGUCGCCGUUUAUUGGACAGAGCGAGAACACUCUUUUGGUUAAGGAUUACCUUGAGCACAUGACAAACUCCGAGCUUCAUGCAUGUAUGACAGCCGGAUUCGCCACGAUCAGUGGAUCCGUGUUCCAGUCGUACGUGGCUCUGGGUGUCGACGCCAAGAACCUGAUUACCGCGUGCAUUAUGUCCAUUCCAUGCUCCCUGGCACUGAGCAAGAUUCGGUACCCCGAGCGCGACGUGCCCCUCACUCGCGGCACCGUUGCCAAAAUUUCCAAGAAUGAGCGCGAAGCCAACGUUCUGCAUGCGCUCGGCAACGGAGCAGCCACAGGUAUCCAUUUGUCGCUGAUCAUCCUGGCGACCAUCAUCGGCAUGGUGUCACUGAUCUACGCCAUCAACUAUAUGCUCACCUGGCUCGGCAAUUUCAUCAGCAUCCCCAAUCUCACGCUCGAGCUGAUUCUCGGCUACCUCUUCUACCCUCUGACCUGGCUUCUGGGCGUGCCGCGCAAAGAUGUGAUGAAGGUGUCGCAGCUUUUGGGUCUUAAGCUUAUUAGCAACGAGUUUGUGGCUUAUGCAAAGCUCACUGGUGCUACUGGCGGCGUUCCCCUGCAGGAUAGUCUGUCGGAGCGUGCCCUGCUUAUUGCCCAUUUUUCGCUUGCGGGCUUUGCCAACACUGGAUCGGUCGCUCAAGUUAUUGCGGCGGUCGGUUCGCUUGCACCCUCGCGCAAAGGUGAUAUUUCUCGUUUGGCCCUGAGCUCGUGCCUUACAGGUGCUCUUGCCACAGCCAUGUCUGCUGCCAUUGUAUCCAUGAUAUUCUAG